GCAGGAUCUGGAGAUUGGUUGUCAUCCCUUGUUUUUUUGAUAGACGGUCUUUUGAUUUGUUUUCUUCUUUUGCGACAUGUCCGAUACGGAAGACGUAGCUGUACCUGUGGAGGACUGGCCCAAGACACGGGUCAGGACGGAUAUAGUUUAUUGUGGAGUGUGUUCCAUGCCAGUUGAGUACUGUGAGUUUAGCGGGACGACAGCAACAUGUAAGAAAUGGUUGCGGAAGGAGCAUCCUACCGAGUUUGCUCGGAUAUGGCCAGAGGAUGAUCUCGAAAAGAAGAUGGACGACGUAACGCUACAAGAUGAUGAAGUGCCUGACAAGGAACUCACAAAAGAACAAAAGAAAGCCGAAGCAAAAGCUGAAAGAGAACGAAAGAAAAAGGCGGCACAAAAAGUCAUUAUCCGACGGGUGGAACGCACAAAGCGAAAAUGCGUCAUAGAAGUAUCAGGCCUAGAAAAUUUCGGCGUGGACCUAAAGAAAGCCGCCAAACUCUUUGCAACGAAAUUCGCCUGCGGAUCCUCAGUCACCAAAAACCCGCAAGGCCUAGACGAAAUUGUUGUGCAAGGAGAUAUGCAAGACGCCAUAUACGAAUUGAUUCUCAAAACCUGGAAAGAGGUUCCUGAAGAUCAGAUGGAGCUGACGGAAGCGAAAAAGAAAUGAAGGAACGUGUAUUUUUACGUACAUUGUCACCCUUUCCUCGACCUAUAGUUUUCAAGAUUCUUUUUUUUGUCAUGUGUGCAUUACUGCGAUGUAUAUAGAGCACUCAAUACCAACUGCUUCGUAUUCUGAGA